AUGGCUGCUCGGUACUUUAAGGGACUGUCUUCUAGUGUGGAUGAGGAGAGUGGAUUAUCUAAAAACUGGCAGGAUGAGUCACUGGAAACCGAUCUCACCCACCCGAUAGACAUGCUGAUGAAGAGAUCUAAAGCCCUUCGCUUCUACGGACUCAUGGGAAAACGCUCAGGUAUUAAGAAACCCUUUCAAGUAAAUAGACGAAACAAAGGAGAGAUGUUUGUUGGCCUGAUGGGAAGAAGCAUUUCCAGCGGUGAAUCUUUUACCAGAAUAAAUCCAUCUGCAACAGCCACUGGGAUCGAUGUUUCAGAGAAACCACACAAGCAAGGUUCAUCAGAGGAAUGUGUCCAAAUCCUGUAUUGAUGGCGCUAGGGGAGAGAAUAGUACACAUUACUAUGAUCUAUACAAUUUUACACCAACCAAAG